CUUUUUUCUAUUUUAUUUUCCAGCCUCCUGAUGGUCGGCUGACCAAGGAUUUGCUUCUUGGAGUGGGCGGCACCGGAGACGUCUACAAGGGACGACACCAUCGUAAAGGCGUGGUAGCGGUGAAGAUCGCCAACAUCAGCCGAGAUGAAGAGUCAGUCUGCAGGGAGCUGAAGUUUCUCCAGCAGUUCGGAGGCCACAAGAACAUCGCCUCUUACUAUGGAGCCUACUACAGGGCUCCACUCACAGAGUGCUCAUCGGAGCUCUUGGAAGUUGUUCUCGAGUUCUGUGGUGGAGGCUCUCUCUUCAACCUCAUCCACAAGACCAAUGGCCAAUCCCUGAAGGAGACCUGGAUUGGCUAUGUCUGCAAGGAGGUUUUAAAGGGGCUGCACCACAUCCACAAGAACCGGGCCGUUCAUAGAGACAUCAAGAGCCUGAACAUCAUGCUCACAGAGACGGCCAAAGUGAAGAUCAUCGACUUUGGAAACAGCUGGGACCUGGACCCGCAGACUGGAUUGUGCCACGAAGCAGACGGGACUGCACAUUGGAUGGCACCCGAGGCCAUAAGGCAGAAGGGCCAGCGCCUGGCGUACGACACCAAAUGUGACAUCUGGUCGCUGGGGAUAACCGCCAUCGAAAUGGCCGAGGGAAAAGCACCAUAUGCAGAUCAAUACCCCGUGGAGCACAUUAUAAGAGAAGCCCAACCACCGAAGCUUCAAUCAAACAGAUGGUCACAACGUUUUGUGUCCUUCUUGGAGUCCUGUCUGAAGAAGGAUCCUUCGGAGAGAGGGAGUGCUGAGGAACUCCUGCAGCACCCAUUCAUCACCCAACUGCCACCUAAGAAGAUCAGGGCUGAGAUUGAAGAACAUCUCCGGACUCUGCAGAACCUGCCAGCCAAGAAAGGACCGAAGGCUCUCUGGACCCUGAAGCUGCAGCGUGCUUGUGUCUUCUGCACACAGACAUCGGCAGAGCAAGAAGCAGCUCUGCAAAUGGCCCUGGAGGGCUUCUCCUGUGAUUGAUCUUGUGGCCAACAACAUCAACAGCCCAGAAUGAGUUUCCUGAAUCACAGCCGAGGAAAAAGAAACAUCCACAGGAUCCAGUGGUGUCUGCAGCUCCACCAGCAACAUCUUCUUUCAAGCUGAUGCAAUUCAGAAAGUACACCUACAACUACACCAGCAGGGACUUGAUCUCCUUCUGCAGCUCCAUGAUUAUAUCCUUUUCAGACUACCACAUCUCCACCAGUGGUGUCUUUGCUCCAGUUUACAUCACUCCACCCACACACAUCUCCACCUCACUUUCCAGCUGCCAUAGUUCCUUCCAUCUUUCUUUUUUUGCAGAC